CUUCCGAAACGCCUAGAGGCUAGAGCUCUACCUAUUGCUCCACUCGACCAAUCUGUGUCGAACAGCCAAAAUCACCGCGAAAUGCCUCCAUGGCGGUUCCGAUCUGGCGACCUCGCCUGCGCGAUGGCUAUCGCGGUGGCAACGGCCACCGCGGCAUCCGUGGGAGUGGCCGCUGGAGCAGGGGAUGGCGAGGCGGAGUUCGACUACCGGAAGCUCUCGGGGAUAAUAAUCCCCGGAUUCGCGUCGACGCAGCUGCGGGCGUGGUCGGUGCUGGACUGCCCCUACUCCCCGUUCGACUUCAACCCGCUGGACUCCGUCUGGCUCGACUCCACCAAGCUUUUCUCUGCUGUAAAUUGCUGGCUUAAGUGCAUGCUGCUUGACCCUUAUAACCAGACGGACCAUCCAGAAUGCAAGUCAAGGCCAGAUAGUGGUCUUUCUGCGAUUACAGAGUUGGACCCUGGUUAUAUAACAGGUCCUCUUUCUUCAAUAUGGAAAGAAUGGGUCAAAUGGUGUGUAGACUUUGGUAUUGAAGCUAAUGCUAUCAUCGCUGUUCCAUACGAUUGGAGGCUACCCCCAUCGAUGCUUGAGGAGAGGGAUCUGUACUUUCAUAAAUUAAAAUUAACUUUCGAAAUUGCAUUGAAACUUCGAGGAGGGCCAUCUUUGGUUUUUGCUCAUUCCAUGGGAAACAAUGUAUUCCGGUACUUUUUGGAAUGGUUGAAACUAGAAAUUGCCCCAAAGCACUAUAUCCAAUGGCUCGAGAAACAUAUACAUGCAUACUUUGCAGUUGGUGCCCCUCUUCUUGGAUCUACUGAAUCAGUCAGAGCCACUCUCUCCGGGACAACGUCUGGACUUCCAGUCACUGAGGGGACAGCCCGUUUGAUGUUCAAUUCAUUUGCUGCUUCUUUAUGGCUCUUGCCAUUCUCAAAAUACUGCAAAGCUGAUAAUGUAUACUGGAAGCAUUUUUUUGAGGGAAAGGCCCACGUCAACAGACAACAAUGCGAUGAGAUGGAGUAUAGUUCAGACAACUCUGGAUGGCCCACAACCCUCGUCAGUAUCGAGGUUCCUACAGUUCGAGGUACGGAUGCUUAUCCAUCCAUUAUGGACAUAACAGAGGACAUAACAUCCAACAUGGAGUGUGGAAAGCCAACACUCUUGUCAUUUUCUGCCAGAGAAGUUUCAGAUGGUACUUUGUUCAAAACUAUGCUGGAUUAUGAUCCACAGAGCAAAGCCCUUAUCCAUCAGCUGGAGAAGUACUACCAGGGUGACCCAGUUCUCAAUCCCCUCACGCCCUGGGAGAGACCCCCAAUAAAGAAUGUAUUCUGCAUAUAUGGCAUUGAUACAAAGACUGAGGUAGGAUACUAUUUUGCACCAAGUGGCAAACCAUAUCCAGAUAAUUGGAUAAUAACUGAUGUGAUUUAUGAGUUUGAACAGUCCCUACUGUCAAGAUCAGGUCAUUCUUUUUCUGGAAAGCCUAACAAUUCCAGUGGAGAUGGAACGGUAUCCUACAACUCCCUGUCAUGGUGCAAGCAAUGGCUUGGGCCAAAAGUGAACAUAACAAGGACUCCACAGGCAGAACAUGAUGGAUCUGAUUUACAAACAAGCAUGAAUGCUGAUCACCAUCAUGGUGAGGAUUUAUUUCCAAACAUGACAAGGGCUCCACAUGUGAAGUACAUAACCUACUACGAGGACGCUGAAAGUAUUCCAGGAUGGAGAACAGCAGUCUGGGAGCUUGACAAAGCAAAUCACAGGAAUAUUGUUAGGAUGCCAGUGGUUAUGCGUGAGUUGUGGCUCGAAAUGUGGCAUGACAUGCACCCUUAUUCAAAAUCAAAAUUCGUGACAAAAGCUUUCCGAGGUCCAUUGAGACACGAAGAUUGCCACUGGGACUAUGCAAAAGCUCGGUGCGGCUUUCCAGAAUUCUGUGAAUACAGGUACAUGUUUGGUGAUGUGCAUCUAGGAAUGAGCUGCAGGCUGAAAUAUUCAUCAACUAUGCUCCUUCGGCAGUAUCUCUGAAACCAUUCUUUGUUUGUUUGACCGAGUUACCCUUGAUUAUCACGGUCCUGUGAAUCAUACCGGAGGUUCCUCUUUCGCCUGGCGAUGUCCAGGACAAGUCAGGGGCCUAGGCCCCAUCCAAAACAGUUACAGUACUUCAGGAUUUUGUGGUGUUGCUUGUGACACCAGAAUCUUCAGCCACGUGGAAGCCACUCUUAGCAGAAUUGACUUGAUCGUGUUGGAGUUUUGCCAUGAGAUCACACUGAUGUGUACAAUUAGACUAUGGUUUGGCUGUUUAGCAGCCAAUUUGCUCAAAUUAUCAACAGUCUAAAAAGGUACCCCGUACCUCCGUACUACUGCUGGAUAUGUAGGCCGUAUUUUGAUUGUUCAAGACAAUGGUUUGACCGAGAAUGGCUCCAUCAGUGUAAUUAAACAUGUAAUUUUUUGACUAGCCAAUCAAACUAUGGCCUGUAUAUUCCUGGCGGUUAGCUCAGAUUGAUCUAGUAUCUGCAGCUGGACACUAUUGACAGUUGAAUUGGUAAGACAUCGUUUGCUUGAUCUCUA